CGUUGGUGGAUGAUACUUUUGUGCCCGUGGACUGCACCAAUUAUUACCUAACGCAGAUAAAAUAAUGAAAGAUUCUAACCUACUCGUUUGACAAACACUACUUUUACAAACUCUCUUGAUGUUCACACCUUAAUUUUUUGUCGGAAGAAAAGAGAAAUAAUUGAUCAAUGAUUAAACCAAGAAACUUUCAUCAGCCUCCACAACCAACCAUGUCAGGUCAACCUAUCUCACAACCACAAACCAAUGAUCCCUUUAUCCAUCUCAAAAUCCUCCCAAACCCCGACGGCACAAUCACACGCCUACGUGGUGACCAACACACCCCACCUUCAUCAAAUCCCAGCCUUCCAAUCCCCGUUCUCACCAAAGACAUCCCCAUUAACGCUUCACACAACACCUCCGCUAGAAUAUUCCUACCCCGCAAAACACUCAAUCCCUCCUCCUCCGCCCAUAAACUCCCUCUUAUAGUUUACUUUCACGGUGGCGGUUUCAUCUUCUUCAGUGCAGCCUCAGAUUUUUUCCACGAUCUUUGUUCCAACCUCGCUAACGACGUUAACUCCAUCGUCGUAUCAAUCGACUACCGUCUCGCUCCUGAACAUCGUUUACCUGCUGCAUAUGAUGAUGCUAUGGAUGCGUUACACUGGAUUAAAACCCGACCGGAUGAAUGGUUGAGAAAGUAUGCUGAUUAUUCAAACUGUUACAUCAUGGGAGGUAGCGCGGGCGCAAAUAUCGCUUACCACGCAGGUCUACGCGUAGCUACAGAGAUUAAUCUCAAUAAUUCACUUAAUAUCAAAGGACUGAUAUUGUCGCAACCGUUUUUCGGCGGGACGAAGAGACUACCAUCGGAGCUGAAGCUGUUAAACGAUGCCGUUUUGCCGCCGCACGUGUGUGACUUGAUGUGGGAACUAUCGUUGCCUCUGGGUGUUGACCGUGAUCAUGAGUAUUGUAAUCCAACGGUUGGCGAUGGUGUUGGGGUUUUGGAUAGGGUGAGGGAACUUGGUUGGAGGGUGCUGGUGAGUGGGUGUGAGGGGGAUCCAUUGAUGGAUCAUCAGAAGGUGUUGGCGAGAGUGAUGGAAGAGAAGGGUGUGGUGGUGGUGAGAAGUUUUACGGCAGGGGGGUGUCAUGGGGUUGAGGUUCGGGAUCUUGUCAAGCAAAAGGAAUUGCAUAAUCUGAUCAAAGAUUUCAUUUCUUUUCACAUCUAAAUUUUUAAUUUGUCACAUUGUGUUUCGUAGUAAUUUUUAAAUAAAUAUUUGUGUAAUUGUUUUUGUGUGUUUGCACUUUGCAUGAUGCCAUUAAUUGUUAAUUUAUAAAUUAAUUUUCCACAAACAAUACAUAUUUGAAUAAUAAUAAUCUAAUGUAGAGUAAAAACAAUAGUCAUAUUAUUUUAAUAACCAAAAACAUUAAUAGAAGU